GUGACAAAGGAGUAAGAUGUUCGUUCUGGGAUUUCACUUUAGAGAAUAAUGGUUUUUGGUCUACAAACGGAAUAAAGACUGUUCUUAAGAAUACAACCUUUACAGAAUGUACAAGUACUCAUUUGACCAACUUUGCUGUUCUGUUGAGUUUAUAUGAAAUACCAGAAAAUCAUGAUGAGGUUCUUGCCGUUAUUACCCAAGUUGGUUGUUCGAUAUCCAUUGCUGCUCUUGUCUUAUUGUUAAUAAUAUAUUUUAUUGAGUGGAGACAUCUUCCAUCUGACAAGUCCAAAAUUCUGGUCACAAUGGCUGCUGUUUUCCUCCUAGCGUAUGUCGUAUUUUUAGCUGGAAUAGAGGGAACAGAGAAUAAGAUCGUCUGCAAAAUAGUGGCCAUUGUCCUUCAUUUCCUAUUCUUAGUGGGUAUACAUAUGAUGGUUGCAGAAGGCAUUGUGCACGGAAAAAUGUUGGCUACCGUAUCAACCGAACAACGUUCAAUAUCACCUAUUCUACUUCCAAUUGGAUGGGGAAUACCUGUGCUUAUUGUUGCAAUAUCGAUGGCAGUUACAAAACUAGAAGGAUACGGCGAUGGAAAGUAUUGUUGGUUAUCAACAAGCAAUGGACUAAUUUGGGCGUUUUUUGUUCCUUGUGCUGUAGCAGUUGCUACCAACUUUGUGAUCUUUAUAUUUGUUGUGAGGAAGCUGUUUUCUAUACAAGUGGUAAAACAGAAAACAAAACUACAGCAAUUAAUAACCGGAUUGAGAUGUUUUUCAGUUUUGGCACCCCUUUUUGGAAUAACAUGGACUUUAGGAUUCUUCUCUAUAAACGAAGAUACUAUAUUUAUGAGUUAUUUAUUUGUUAUCAUCAAUUCACUUCAGGGAUUGCUGAUAUUUAUUGUACACGGAUUAUUAAACCCAAAAAUCCAUAGUUCAUGGAAACGGAAAUUAUCAGUAUUUCGAAAGAUGGAAACGUUUUCAACUACAACCAAGACAAACGAAGAAAUUACUUUUGACAACAUUACAGCUGUCGCAUGGAAAAGAGUUCAUUCAAAUGUAGAAGACACUGAGACUGAAUCAUGACGGCAAAACACAGACUUAAUUCCUACAAUAAGAACUCGACCGAUAUUGCUUUAUUUCAUAAUCAUUUGCUUUAAAAAAAAACUAUGUACAAAUGUAAGAAUGUUUGCAUAUAUAUAUGUGUAGUAUUUUGCCGCUGAAUGUGUACUGAAUAUAUAUAUUUGUUUGAUAGCCGCAAUAAAAA